AUGACACAACAGUCAACAACAACAACAACUAGAAGCGGGGAAGCCUUGAAAGCACUUGAAAAAGCUCGAGACAUGCGCUUUCAGCAUCGUGCUUCGUUACCAUCUUUUUCUUCAUCCGUUGCAGGAUUGGUGAGGCAAAGAUGUGAGAUUAAAAAAUCUCGAAGAUUGUGUCGUGAAUUAAUGAACUGUCUUGUUAUGAUUUAA